AUGUCUUGUUCAAAAAUAUUUUCAGGAGAUUUACCCGAACUUAUAUAUGAAAUUAUAAAAUAUCUAUGGAAUGAUUAUUCAACAUUACAUUCAUGUAUACUAGUUAAUAGAUUAUGGUGUCGUUUAUCAAUACCAUUAUUAUGGGAAGAUCCAUUUUCAAUUCCUAAUGAAAAUUAUAAUUUUAUAACAAUUUAUUUACAUUAUUUAAAUGAUGAUGAUUUUAAAAUUUAUAAAACAAAAUUAAAUGAAUUUAAGAUUAAUAAUUAUUUAUUAACUUCAAAUAUAUUAUUAUUUAAUUACCCAAAAUUUAUUAAAUAUUUGAAUAUAUCAAAAAUUAUUUCUUUUGUUAAAAAAUGGGUCAUUUCUGAAUUUAAAAUGUUAUUGAAUGAAAAUUUACUUGAUUUUAAAAAAUUGAUUAUUAAAUCUUUGUUUAAAUUAUUUAUAAAAAAUGAAAUAAGUUUAAAUAUUCUUAAUAUUGAAAUUAUUCCAUAUACUUAUUAUGUUUGUUUUAGUGAUAUUCUUGAAUUAAUAUUAAAAAAUCCAAAUUUCAUUCAUAAUAUUAAAAUUUUAAAACUUCAAGUUGAUGAAAUCCCAUAUGCUAAUUACUCAUUUCAUGAUAAUAAUAGAAAUAAUUUAAUUAAAAAUUCUUUAUCACAAAUAAUCAAUACACAUAAAAAUCUCAAAAAAAUAUCAUUUGGUUCUAAUAGUCUUCCUUUAUAUCAAUCAUUAUUAUUAUCAAAAGAUUCCAAUUGUUCAAAUACAUUAAAUACGAUCAUAUUCUAUUAUGUAAACCUUGGUUAUAUUUAUAAUUUAUAUGAAAUAUUUGAACAAUUAAAUGUUUUAGAAUCUGUUCAUAUCGUUUAUUGUUCUUUAAAUGUUCAUUUUAUUCAACAAAUUAUUAAUUUAUCUAAACCAUUUAAAUUAAAAUCUUUAUUUAUGGGUGAAGCAUUUCAAAUUGAAGUUGAUUUAUUACAAUUAUUAUUACAAAAAUCUGGUGAUUAUUUGGAAAAUUUUGAGAUUGGAUUUGGUUAUAAUUUAUUGGGAUCAAAAUUACUUGAAUUAAUUAUGAAAUAUUGUAAAAAUAUCAAAUUUCUUAAUUUAAAUGGAAUUAAUGAUCAGAUUGUUUAUUCUGUGAUCAAUUUAAUUGAAAAACAAAAUCUUAAUUAUCUUUCUAUUGAUAUCGAUAAAUUUUUAAGUGGAAGAAGCAUUGUUGAAGGUUAUGUCAAACGUAGUUCAAUCAUAUUACAGAAUUUAGGACAAAUCCUUCCUUCUAAAUUAGAAUAUUUAAAUUUAACACUUCAUAUUAAAGCAAAUGAUUUUGAAAUAUUUUUAAAGAAUUCUCAAAAUACUUUUAUUAAUAAAUUUUUGAUAGAUAAUAAGGAAGGUGAUGAUAUUUUAAUAAUUUUACAUUAUAUUAAGAAAUAUAUUAUGAAAAAGAAAAGGACAAAAUAUUUGGCUAUUACGAAUACUUUUGUUGGUAGUUCUGCAUUUGAUAUCUUUGGAUAUAAGGAUUUAUUUUAUUUAAACGAUGAAGUGAAGAAAUUUAGGUUAUAUAAUAUUAAAGUUCGAAAAUAUUAUGAUUUAAAUGUUUCAAUUUCGGAUUUUAUAAAAGAAAUCGAUUAA